GAGAGAGAGGGCGGGAGGGAAACGAGCGGAGAAGCGGAGGCCAGCUCGGUCGGUGCAGCCUCUCUCGCAACCGAGCAAAAAAGAAAAAAAUCCUACGAGGAGAAGGAGAGGACGUCACCUCCUCCGCGUGGUCAAGGAUAUAUCCCAUCAACGCAAUAAUCUUUUUUGUUUUUUCCUCGUCAACCAUCCUCCUGUCUUUGGGUAGAAUGAGCUCCAGCCUUCUGGAAAAUCCGGUGCAGGCGAUUUUAUACCUGCGAGAGCUCACCACCAUCGUCCAGAACCAGCAAAGUCUAAUCCAGACCCAGCGCGCCCGGAUAGAGGAGCUGGACCGCCGGGUGGAUGAGCUCAUUGGUGAGAACCGGCACCUGAGAGAUGUCAGGGUCCAGCAGCAGCAGCAUCCGUAUCAUCACCACCACGUCCACCACCACCACCCAGACCCCUUUAAUCUCCUAAACCAACCUCAGGACCCCCAGAUCAAGACUCAUUUAGGGUCUUUAUUGGACCCUCAAACGCCGAACGAUGGGACUCCGGCUGUCCAGACGUCUUCUUCACAACCUAUGGACCCGGGGGACAUGCAGCUGGUCCCAGCCGACCCCUCCAUGGUGUCCCCAGUUGAAAGUGACCCGGAAAACGGUGGAAGUUUUUCUAGCUGCCGCUCAUUGGUCCCCAUGACCCCCACUACCCUCUGUCGAUCUUUGGCUCUGGCUCGGAAUUCAGAAAGUGAGACCGUGCUGCAUCAGUUCUGCUGCCCCGCCCCGGAGCACCCGGAGACCGACACCAGUGGCUCCUCCAGUGGACAGAUGCUGAGCCUGGAGGAUGGAACGUCCUCUAGCGGCCAGCAAGUGGAGGGGACCAAGCGGGAAGGCCCGAGCGAGUACGAAAUCAGCUUGGAAAACAAAAACAAGCAGAUUGAGGAGCUGGAGCAGAAGUAUGGAGGACAUCUCAUUGCCAGAAGAGCUGCUCGCCGAAUUCAGACAGCUUUCCGGCAGUACCAGCUCAGCAAGAACUUCCAAAAAAUCCGUAACUCGCUGUCGGAGAGCAAACUGCCUCGGCGGAUCUCCCUGCGCCAUCCCAGCCCCUCGGGCCGCGCCAGGAACUCAGCCCAGAGACACAGUUAUAGUCUUCAUCCGGGAGGAGGGCAGAUACCUCUGAGGUCCAAAACCCCCCCUCCACCUCCCUGUCGCUCCACCUCUCUGCCUCCUUCUCCUGCGUCUGCUCCCACGGCCGCUCCGACUUCUCCUGCUCCAGGUUCGGCUCCGAGCCAAGCUCCUGGACCUUCUCUCACACAGCUGGAGGACUGUUUCUCCGAACAGCUGCACUCAUUAGCACAAUCCAUUGACGAGGCCCUCCGUGGUUGGAGUUUGUCCGAGGGUGGCGACGGGAAGGGCCUGCUGAUGGACGCCGGGGCUCUUCGGGCGGCGGCUGAGAGCGCUUGUCUGCCACGCAGUGCCAGCUCGCUGCUCAUGGCCUUCAGGGACGUCACCGUCCACAUUGACAGCAAUAGCUCCUACACCAUCUCCUCCGCCACCACCACAACCACCACCUCUCUGGGCAAUGCGGGCGGCGCCGCGCCAGGCAGCAGGAAGUCGUCUGUGAGCGGGAUGACAGGGGGAGAAUCAUCCGAGGGUUUGGAGCCCGAGUUCCCCGCGCCUCCCCCGAGUGAAGAGCUGGAGAAAAUUGAUCCAGGAUCCAGGAGAGGAUCAGCAGUACCAGCUCCGGGAGGAGGAACGAUGGAGGGGGAGAGUGCCUCGGACAGGAUGGGCUCCACCUCCACCUCUACCUCUACGUCCACCUCCAUAUCCACCUCCACCCAGUCCAACCAGCAACCGGCACAGAUUUAUACCCAGUACCAGCAAUACCAUUACACUCAUCCACAGCAGAUCCAGGGGGGGCCCAGUCCGGACGGCAUGCAAGCUCUGGUUGUCUCCCUGCCGAGGGACCGUUGCCAAGAUCCAGCAUCCUGUAGAUCGCCCACGCUUUCCACAGACACCCACCGCAAACGCCUCUACCGUAUCGGACUCAACCUCUUCAACGUGAACCCCGAGAGAGGCAUCCACUUCCUGAUCACUCGCGGUUUCGUCCCCGACACGGCCAUUGGAGUGGCUCACUUCCUGCUGCAGAGGAAAGGCCUCAGUCGACAGAUGAUCGGGGAGUUUUUGGGGAACAGCAAGCUGCAGUUUAACAGAGACGUCCUCGAUUGUGUGGUGGAUGAGAUGGAUUUUUCGGGCAUGGAGCUUGACGAAGCCCUGAGAAAGUUCCAGGCUCACGUUCGUGUUCAAGGAGAGGCGCAAAAAGUGGAGAGACUCAUCGAAGCCUUUAGCCAGCGCUACUGUAUGUGCAAUCCUGAUGUGGUGCAGCAGUUCCACAACCCGGACACCAUCUUCAUUCUGGCCUUUGCUGUCGUCCUCCUCAACACCGACAUGUACUCACCAAACAUCAAACCCCAGCGCAAAAUGGGCCUGGAUGAUUUCAUCCGCAACCUAAGAGGUGUGGACGACGGUGCAGACAUACCCAGAGAGAUGGUCGCUGGAAUCUACGAGAGGAUCCAACAGAGGGAGCUUCGCUCAAACGAGGAUCAUGUGACCUAUGUCAGCCGCGUGGAACAGUCCAUCCUGGGGCUAAAGACUAUCCUGGCUGUUCCCCACAGACGUCUGGUGUGCUGCUGCCGUCUGUUUGAGGUGCCUGAUGCCAACAAAUCUCACAAGCAGAAACUGUCGCAGCUCCAGAGAGAGGUUUUCCUCUUUAAUGACCUGCUGUUGAUUCUGAAGCUCUGUCCCAAGAAGAAAAGUUCUGCUUCCUACACUUUCUGCAAAGCCAUGGGUCUACUGGGAAUGCAGUUUCACUUGUUCAGCAAUGAGUAUUACGCUCACGGCAUCACCAUGAUGAGCCCAUUCACCUCUGAGAAGAAGCAGCUGGUGAGCUUUUGCUCCCCGAGCGGCGAGGAGCUCAGGAAGUUUGGCGAGGAGCUCAGAGAGGCAAUCGCCGAGGUCAACGAGAUGGAGCACAUACACAUCCAAUGGGAACUGGAGAGACAACAAGGGAUCCAGUCUCAUGGAAUCCACACCAACGGAGGGCAGCUGGAUGUACACACAGGUUCUCCCGCAGGCCAGCAGGACGUGUACGAUAAAACCGGCAACAACAACACAGUAGAGGUGUCAAUUCACAACAGGCUGCAGACCUAUCAACUGAGUCAGCCCAGCAUUGAGUCAACAGCUCUCGCCCUCGCCGCCCCGCCCGCCUUGCUCAGCCCCGUGCAGCCCGGAGACCUCCGCCCAGAAACGCUCAUCCAAUGCCAGCAGAUCGUGAAGGUGAUCGUCGUGGACCAGAGCGGACGAGGACGCAUGGAGGCCUUCCUCAGCCAAGGGCCCGCCACCCACCAGCUCAUCCAGUCGGCCUUGUCCACGCCCGUGCACAUGAGAGAAGGAGACGGGCCGCAGCCUCCCCUGCCGCCGCCCCCGCCCCCCUACAACCACCCGCAUCAGUUCUGCCCGCCGGACUCGCCCAUGCCCUUCCAUCACACAAUGCCUCUCACCCGCAGGCGUAACUCCAGCGGCUCUCGCAGCAUCGUCUGAGUCACUGACUGCUCGCCCCGAACACUCACUCUCUCCGGCGACGGUAAGACGAAAUGAACAUUUACUUAAUGGGCUGAAGGAAAUAUUGUCAUGAGCGACGACGACCGUCUGUGAAAGAGACUCUUUUGUUUUCAACGAUACAUAUCACCCAGUAGCUAAUGAUGUUGUGGGUUUAGAUUUCACAUUCUUUAAAGGACUUUGUUUCGAUGUGUGUGUCGGAGUGAACUACCCACCCCCCCUCAAAAAAAACAAAAAAAAAACAAUUGGAGGACUAUAAAUGUGAAGAACUUUUUAGUUAUCUAUUAAAGAAACCCGCCGUUGCAGAGGGAAAUUACAUCUUAUCACGAACACUGCAUCGUCUAAAGAGCCGACUUGUUCACAGAAGAGCUGAGGAGGUGGAAACGUUUGGAUUUCGCGCAUCAUUUGCCGUUAUUGUGUGAUUUAUUAGAAUUGAGCGGAUGUUAGUCUGUGACCAUCCUCUCGUGUUUUUGCUCCCAAGAAGCUCAGGCAAAAGAAAUAUCCGCUGCACUGUAAUAUUUGCACCACUGAGUCCCGGAGUGUUUGCUCGUGAGCCGUGUGUUUAUUUUUGCUUACUCAUGGGCAGCAGUGAAAAUGUGCUGUAAUUCCUUCAAAACAAUGCUGAGACAGGAAGUCAAACCCUUUGUUCUCUUGUAUAUUGAAUCAUAAUCUGUGUGCAUUGUGUCGUCACCUCCGGGUUUAGGCAAUAUAUCCGUGUGGAGAGUCUCGCUUUGGUGUGACGCUGCGCUGCAGAGUGUCCUCCAAUUGCUUUGCUCUUGAGGUUGCAGAGCGCGGUGAGUUUUAGUUUACAAUUUUAAAGAAAAUUUAUCUGAAACGUGUGAAAUACACUCUGAGAAGUAACAUUCCAAAAGAAGCUAAAGAAACAGAAAGGAUGGAAUCCAACGUUGAAAAGCGCUGUUUUGCUAGCUACGUUGCUGUGUGUACAUUUGUCCCUCGACACUCAAGUAUGGUCUUACAAACACAACCAAGGUUGUAUUUGUGAACAGCUAAGCAACAUUUAGCUUCACACAAAAAACAGCAAAAGAGAACAAAACUUAAGGAUAAUACAGUACCUGCUAAUAUUGUGUCAACCUGCUAGCAGAAAGCAACCACAGAAAAGCUAUGAGGUUAGCAUCCGAAAAGGAUAUUGCUAAAUAUUCCGUUGGUUCAUUAUCAUAGGUAUAAUAAUAAAUGUUCAUCCAUAUUUUACCCACAUGAGCUUCGGUGGAUGAAAAACAACUUUAGCCAGGAACUGAAAGACAAUCAAACACUUGAAUGAUAAAAAAAUACGACUCUUCUCACCAAGCAAAGUCAUUACAUAAAAUGCUAAUAUUGAUGAUGUGAGGCAUAGAACAUAGUAAAACUCGUAAAAAGUAGCGGUAAUAAAACAAGCAUUUCAUGCCGCGACUGUUAUCAGAUACAUCUGUGUUUGUCAUUCAAAAAUUUUAGCGAAGCUUCGGCUACAUGUAGCAAACACCAUGACGCAGCAUUUCCAAGGUGCUCACAGAAAUGACAUAAAAACCAGUUAUAGGCAAAAUAUUCAUGCUACAUUUACAGCUAAAAUUGCAGCAUAAUGACCUAGCAUAAAUUUCAACCUUAAAAAAAAAGCCUUCUUUAUAAAUAAAGAUAUCUUUGCUUGCUAGCAUUGCUAUGCUAACUGGACAACUAAAGUUUUGUUUUCUGAGGUUUCUAAAGACUUGUUUUGCGUUUCGCUGCUAAGUUGACAGUAACAUUGAACGUAAUGUAACAUAAAGCAUAUGUUUCAUUUAACAUUUUUCUUGUGACGCAAGGAUCGCCUCAGCGCUUUAAUUUUUAUUUUGUUGGAAAGUACGACGACAUAUAUACAUUUGUAUUGCGCUACCUCUUAAAUAAGGGUUCAGGGCAUUUUAUUUUGAAGAGAAUCUGUUCACCCACAGAAAAUUAACUCAUAAUAUAAAUAUGUAUAUCAUAUUGCCUGGUGUUGCAUUGAAAAUCACACAGGGUAGAGUGAGGUCACCUAACCCGAAAAAAAAAAAAGAUCCCUCCCUCGUACUUUCAUUGCCCAGAGAAAACAUUAUAUAAGCAGACACGCUUCUGUUCUGAAUGUUAAAUUAGGGGCGAAACUAAAGAUAUCCAAAAUAUUAUUUAUUUUCUGGUGAGUGGAGCUUGAGCUAGUUUGUACAGCAAAUCAUCCUAAUGAGACGCACUGAACUCGUCUUGUAUCUUUUGCACCACAGAAUAUAUUGUAAAUAGAUAAUAUAGAUUUAUUCUGGGAAAAAAAGGGUUUGCCCAGUGUGCGUGUGUGUGUGCGUGUGCGUGUGCGUGUGAGUGUGUGUGAGUGUGUUUGCGUCAACAUCUAAGUUUGUACAGAGAUUUACUUUAAGAAAAAUAUAGCUCUUAUUAUUCAGUUUUAGGCUGGUGUCCUAAAUCCUACUGCUAGAAGAGACGGGAAACAGGCAGCUUUUAUAGACUAUACGCCAGUUGCCAUGGAAACACGUGUUAUUACAGAACUGCAUUAAUCAUGUCACAUUAUUAGAGGAUGGUUAAGGAAGGCUGUUUCACCUGUGACGGUAUGUAAAGGGCUAUGCUGUAUUGGUAAACACACACGGUACAUGUCAGGCCACACACACACACACACACACGCACACACACAGCUGAACACAAACAUGCACGUAGCUGCCAAAUCCACAACAAAUCCAGCUUAGAUUCACUUUGAGAACUGCUUCAUCUCUCCACUUUGUUGACUGUAAACUCUGAUUGACUUGUAUUUUACAGCAUGAUGUUUUAAAAUUUCAGUUCCAAGGGAGGAGUUUGCUUCUUACCAUUGUUGUUCACGGCAUGUUGGGUUGAUUGAUGUCAUAUUCUGCCCCUUUCUACUUCCUCUCUCCCCGUGGUUGUCAUGGCGAUGCACCAAUCUGCAUCCUCACCGUGGAGCACUGUCAUUAAUCUUUGCACCCUCACAUGAUUUCUAAAAAGAGAUUUCUUAAAGAGCAACAUGUUUACUAAGAGGAAUAUUUCUAAUUUUUUGUUUUUCUGUUUGAGGAGAAUGAAAGAAUAAAGUAGUUUUUACUCUG